CCACAAGACGUCCCAGGUGACGGAGAUGGUGAGAUGAGUUCCAAAAGGUGCCGCACGGAGGAAACUAAAAUCUGUGAGAAAUGCUGUGCAGAAUUCUUUGAUCUCUCUGAAUUCCUUGAGCAUAAGAAAAAUUGCACUAAAAAUCCACCUGUUCUAAUCAUGAAUGACAGUGAGGGAACAGUACCCCCUGAGAGCUUCUCUGAGUCUUCUCUAGGGAGCUUUCCAAGUGAUCGAAUGGAUAGCAGGGCACGCAAGGACAUUCAGGCAAAGGGCUGCACUGGCUCUAUGGAAAAGAGAGAAGGAAAAAUGGAUGCUGAGUCGGUAGGAGGAAUGUACCUUAAAAUAGAACCCCCCGUGACGCCUGCAGCUCCUGGGCUAAGCUAUCUACCAAAAUCCAAAGUACCAAACACUAAUGUGACUUUGCAGACGAUACGCGGCACUAAAGUGGCUGUGAACCAGCGGACCUCCGAUGCCAUCUCGUCUUCAGCAGCCAGUUUUAAUGCUAUCCCCAUGAUCCUGGAGCAGCUCGUGUGUCUGCAGCAGCAGCAACUCCAGCAAAUUCAGUUGACGGAGCAAAUUCGCAUUCAGAUUGCCAUGAUGGCUCCGCAUGCCCUGCAUCCUUCUAUAGCAGCUGCUACUGAUCCACUAAAAGCUCUGGGCGCUCACAUGUCUCAGCAGCUGUCGGCUGCUGUUGCUUUGAUCGGACAAAAAGCUGGGAGCCAGAGCCUAUCACUGGAAUCCUUGAAGCAAGGGAAACUACCUCAUUCUAACACUGGCGUUGCAGCCACUGGCUCCGGCCUUUCCUCCUCCUUCCCCUUGAAGUCGGAGGCAAGCAGAAGCCUCCCCGGCUCCAUUUCUCGGUUCCCAAAUCCUUUGCUACCUCAGUCCUCCAACUCUGUCAUCUUCCAAAACCCGCUUUCAGCAGUUUCAGCAGUUUCUUCUGUAAUAGAGUCCUCAAAGAAGGGGAAGGGAAAACCUCCCAACAUUAGCGUGUCUGAAAGCAAGCCGAAUGCAGAAGAGCCGUUCUUCAAACACAAGUGUAAGUUCUGUGGCAAGGUCUUUGGCAAUGACAGUGCCCUGCAGAUUCACCUCCGUUCCCACACCGGUGAAAGACCCUACAAGUGUAACAUUUGUGGUAACCGCUUUACAACCAAAGGAAACCUUAAAGUGCAUUUUCAGCGUCAUAAAGACAAAUACCCCCACAUAAAGAUGAAUCCUUACCCGGUUCCUGAGCACCUGGACAAUGUUCCCACUAGCACUGGCAUCCCUUAUGGGAUGUCUGUGCCACUGGAUGAGUCUAACCUAAUUGUGGAUAGCAAACCUCUCCUAACAACUCUGCCUACCUCUGCGGCCACCAGUGCACCUCAGACCGUCUCCAACCUAGCAGGCAUUAAGGAGUCUCUGCCUGGUACGUUCUCAAGUGACCUGCAGUCAAAGCCUUCUCCAGAAAGUGAGGGCGGCUCUUCCUCAUCAGGGGCAGUCGGCCAUGAAUCGGGAACGGAGCAGAGCUUGAGUUCACCACAAGCUACUUGCAGCGUGAGCAUCUUCCAUGUAAGUGGGUCAAACGAGCAAGGCUCAGAAACAUCGAAGCUUCAGCAGCUGGUUGAAAAUAUCGACAAAUCCACUGCUGACCCCAACGAGUGCCUGAUCUGUCACAGAGUGCUGAGCUGCCAGAGUUCACUCAAAAUGCAUUAUCGUACUCACACUGGAGAGAGGCCGUUCAAGUGUAAAAUCUGUGGCCGUGCCUUCUCCACUAAAGGGAACCUUAAAACUCAUUAUGGUGUCCACCGGGCCAAUACUCCUUUGAAGAUGCAACAUUCGUGUCCUAUUUGCCAGAAGAAGUUUACAAAUGCAGUUGUGUUGCAGCAGCAUAUCCGCAUGCAUAUGGGGGGACAAAUACCCAACACACCAAUGCCGGAAAACACCUGUGACAGUACUGAUGUGGAUCCUACUGCGACUGAGAAGAACGGAGAGGUCAGUCGCCCAGAUGAGACCGUGGAAAGCAUAGAGAUGGAAGAGGACCUGGACUCUCAGGAUGGCCCUAGGAGUUCUUCAAAACCUCCUACUCCAUACGAUGCACAAUCAGAAUCGCCAGCCACGGCAGCCAGCUUCUCUGGUAUUGCAGCACUGGAAAAUCAAAUUAAGAUAGUCAACUCUGCUUUGAACUUGCAGCGGCAAAGCAGCUUGAAGUCUAGUGACAAUGGCUCAGCAGAAAGUGAUGGCCUGACAAAUGAUUCGUCUUCUGUGGCGGGAGAUCCAGAUUAUCAGAACGGCAGGAGUCCUGCUGCCUCUGAGUCUGCAUCGCUCCAGGCUCUGUCCCCAGCCAAUAGCCAAGCUGAGAGCGUAAGGUCAAAGUCACCUAGCUUCAACAAUCAAGAAGAUACAGGCACGGGAAAUAAAUCUGAGGGUCCUGAGAACACUUCUGCAGAAAUGGAACCGGGGGUCAUCGGUGCUUUGGAUUUAACUUACGGCAAUAUUGGUCGAAAGGUCAUUAAAGAAGAACCUGGGUUACACUUUGCAAAUGGAGAAUACGGUCGAAGUAGUAUUCCAGCUGCUUUUGUUAGAGCCCCACCAGCCCUCAUAAAAAUGGAGAUGCCCGGUGAGCGUCCCAUUAGCACUAGCCAUUUCAUUGGCCCACCAGCUCUCUCCCCUGGUGUUGCCCCUCUCCUUGUGCCACGACCGAAAUUCUGCCGUCCCGCCAAACAGCACAUCUGCACUACGUGUGGGAAGAACUUCUCUUCUGCCAGCGCCCUUCAGAUUCACGAACGGACCCAUACUGGUGAAAAGCCAUUUGCCUGCACCAUCUGUGGGAGAGCCUUUACAACAAAAGGAAACCUGAAGGUUCAUGUAGGAACUCACAUGUGGAAUAACUCUGCCAGGCGGGGAAGGCGGCUUUCAAUUGAUAACCCCAUGGCUCUGUUGGGGAAUGAUCCCAAGAAGGUAUCUGAAAUGUUUCCGAAGGAUAUAAUGCCUCCUUCAGUGAGCAUUGACCCCACAGUCUGGAAUCAGUAUGCAGCGGUACUCAGCAAUGGCAUAGCGAUGAAGACUAACGAGAUCUCGGUGAUCCAGAGCGGUGGCUUACCUACCCUUCCAGUCACCAUUGCGGGUGGUUCAGCAAUAAAUACUGCUACGGUCUCCAAAAUGGAUGGGACCCAGUCUGGGACUGGUUCUGAUACGGAGAAGGCCAGUGGUGCUGCUGCAGACAAUGUGCCAAAACACCAGUUCCCUCACUUCAUGGAGGAGAACAAGAUUGCUGUUAGUUAAAAACUCUAGUGAAGUUGACGUACAGAAAGAACAAAUAUAUAUAUACACAAACAUAUAUUUUUAAGAGAUUCCACUUCAGCCUCCUAUUUUCCUAUUGAUGUGCAAAUGAUUUUAUGGUUGUCUUUGUAAGAGUUGCCCAGAGUACAAUCAUGAUAUUGCUUUGCAAAUAGUAAAUAAUAAAGAAUAGGAUUUCCUUCUAUUUGGAAAGAUGCGGGUCUUGCAAAGUAGUUCUUACGUGUGACUUUAAUAUGUACAGCCUUACAGAAGUUUCUACAACUUGAAAUUCCAAAGGUUAGAAUAUUUACCUCUUUGUUUAGAGUGAAGUACUUGGGGGAUUUGAAUCGAGUGGAAACAACCUACUGUUGAUGGAAAAGCUUCUAUUUACUGAUGAGAAAUGAAAACUAUUGAUGCGGGUAAAUAUCCUAGAAUGUCUGCCACCCUCUUAGAAAUAGUUUUUCUGUUUGGAUUUUUGGCUCUGUGUGGUUUCUGAAUGUACUUUUUACUAUAAUGGCUAUAAAAACUCAAAUUUUUUUUAAUUCCUUUUUUGCCUCAGAAGUUCUAUAAAAAGAAAGUUGCUGUUUUUCUUUAAUCACUGCUCCUAAGGAAUUAAUUCUCUGUAUUGUUGACUGCUGCUUAUUUAAUACUUACUACUAGGACAGUCCUUCAAGUAUAGUGCCAAAACUCCUACUUCCAAAGAUGUGCAGUUUUUCCUAGAUGUUUUAUUUCAAUACCGAGAGCCCCAAACAAGCAUGGGUGGGUAUGUAUAUACUUUUUUUUUUUUUCCUCCUCUCUCUCUUGAAAGGGAAGACUUGCCUUGGGAAGUCAGGUCUAAAAGCUCUGCAAGGAAUCUCGGGUGACUGUUGCAAUUAGGCAUGGGAACUGGUUUCCUUAGC